GUGUGUGUGUGUGUGUGUGUGUGUGUGUGUGUGUGUGUGUGUGUGUGUGUGUGUGUGUGUGUGUUAGGCGGGGUGACUGUCUCUCCUGCCCAUAGUUUCUCUGUGCUGGUGAGGGCAUGGGCAGCGGGCAGGACCAGUUUGAGAGUGACAGUUCAGCUGGCCAAUCACACGUCAGCCUCCCACCAGCAGCUUUCUGAUGAGAUACAGAUACUGGUAUACCAGGAGAUGCAGCUGGCUGUAGGAACCUCCAGAUCCAUCCUCAUGUCUCCCUACUCACACUACGCACUACAGAGCAACAAAGACGCUAUCUGUCCUGUGCGGUACGCCCUGUGUCAGUGUGUGAAAGGGGAGGGUCUUGUAACGGUGGACAGCCAGGGAGUUCUGAGGGCGGGGCCUGACACGGGAUCCGCCCUGCUGGAGGUCAUCGCUAUGGAGACCUGUGGGGUCAACCAGACCCUGCUCAUCAGCGUCCGGGUGUCUCCAGUGUGGUUUGUCAGGCUAUUCAGUGUGUCCAGCCUGUACAGUGUUGGAGGGGGAGGCCUGCCUGCCUUUCCCCUGGGCUGGACCAUCAGAGUCAGGGCUCUCUGCUACGACAACCUGGGACAACAAUUCAACGCCCAUAACACCCUCACACACAUUACCACCAACAGGGAUGACUUGGUGCAGGUGACUCCAGACUCAGACAGUCAUUCCUUUGUGGUCCAGACAGUGUCUGGGGGUUUGACAGUUCUAGGGGUGCAGGCAGACCCCACCAACCCCUCCCUGAGUGACUACACCCCCCUCCCUGUCCUCCCCGCCAUCUCUGCCCCCCCACACACACUCAGGCCCGGAGACACACUCUGCUUCAACACCCCCCUGACAGGACCGCAAGGCCAGCCAGGUCAGUGGAACGUGUCGUCUAGUCGUGUUCUGCAGAUCGACCCAAAGACAGGAGCUGCUCUGGCAAAGCAUUCUGGGACAGUAGUGGUCUACUACAGACUGGAAGGUGGACAGCAGGCCCUCAGAGAGGUGAAGGUGGACUCUCCAGUCAUCCCAGAACUCUCUCCUCCUGAUGAUCGUUUCCUCACCAACUGGCCUGACGCAGCUGACUACACGGUUCCUGUGGAGCUAUACACCUCCCCCUUCAACACAGCCCAGUGUUCCCUGUCCCAGAAGGAGGCCAUAGAGAAGAAGCUGCAGCCAGAGGCAGAGUUACGGUGUUUCCUGCAUUUCAGCGCCCCCUACCUCCAGCUCAACACGCUGCAGGCUGUGAUGGUCACCACGCCUCACUAUGACCUCGACACAGGUGAAUACAGCUGCAGAGUCUCUGUCCGUCCCCAGUCAGACUCCGUCCUCCACCUCCUCUCCUCCCUCUCUGUCUCCGUCUCUCUCUCAGCCUCUCUGCGGGGCCAGUCCCCCGUCCCUGUCCUCCCUCUCUCUGCUCUGUCGCUACCUCUCUCCGGACGUUUGGUACAGUUGCCGUACCUGCCUGCGUUCCACUGCCCAGUGUCUUUCCUGGUGCUAUCUUCUCUGCAUCCCAUGGCAGAGUUCUCUGUGCUGGGCACCAAGGAGGCGCUCUCUGCCCUACGGUUCCACUCUGACAGUACUGACGUGCUGCUAUCUGAGCCCAGUCAAUCAGACGGACAUCUGGUGCUGUCUGUAUACAUUUCCACUUCCUGGGUCAAAAGUCAGGCCCUGCCCCCUCCUGCCAACAUCACCCUCUCCAGCCACCUGACCCCACAGACUCAUGUCCUUACAGUUUACAUCACGGUGGACAGCGAGGUGAAGAUAGGUUCCACAGAUCUGAUUCGUCUACAAUCUUCCUGGACUCAGCUCCUGGACUUCCAUCUCAUCCUGGUCUUUGCUGUGUUUGCAGUAAUGGCCACUACUGCCACCUUAUACAUAGGUAACUAUCUAACCACUCUUCACCACUACCUUAUACAUAGGUAACUAUCUAACCACUCUUCACCACUACCUUAUACAUAGGUAACUAUCUAACCACUCUUCACCACUACCUUAUACAUAGGUAACUAUCUAACCACUCUUCACCACUACCUUAUACAUAGGUAACUAUCUAACCACUCUUCACCACUACCUCAUACAUAGGUAACUAUCUAACCACUCUUCACCACUACCUUAUACAUAGGUAACUAUCUAACCACUCUUCACCACUACCUUAUACAUAGGU